AUGGAGGAGGAAUGGAAGAAAUCCAAAACCAUUGGUAUCAUUGGGCUCGGUGAUAUGGGCGCCAUGUACGCAGAGAGAUUCUCUAGCGCAGGGUGGAACGUCAUCGGGUCAGAUAGAGAAGACAAGUUCCAAGAAACUCUUCAAAAAUACCGCGGUCGUAAAUUUAAAGUAUUGCCAUCCGGCCACUUUGUGUCUCGAUCAGCAGACUACAUCAUUUAUAGCGUCGAGGCAGAGAACAUUCGCUCCAUCGUGAAAACAUACGGACCUUCCACCAAGGUAGGAGCCAUUGUGGGAGGCCAGACUUCUUGCAAGAAUCCUGAGAUCGAAGCUUUUCAGACUUAUGUCCCUGAGGAUGUCGACAUCAUUUCCUUACAUUCGCUUCAUGGCCCCAAGGUCGACAGCACUGGCCAACCUUUGGUUCUCAUCAAUCACAGAUCGAAGUCAGAGAACUUUGAAUUUGUCAAAUGUAUUGUAUCGUGUUUGAAAUCAAAGGUUGUUGAACUUUCUGCCGCGGAGCACGAUCGGAUAACGGCCGAUACCCAAGCUGUCACACAUGCCGCUUUCCUAUCAAUGGGAACAGCAUGGAUGAAAAUAAACCAAUAUCCAUGGGAAACGCCGAAGUGGAUCGGUGGAAUAGAAAAUGCGAAGAUCAAUAUAGCGCUCCGAAUUUUUUCCAACAAAUGGCACGUUUAUGCUGGUCUAGCUAUCACCAACCCCUCUGCACAUGGACAAAUUCUCCAAUACUCGCGUUCGGCGACAGAGCUUUUCACUUUGAUGAUUGAAGGAAAGAAAGAAGAGCUCAAAACCAGAAUAUACAAGGCACGUGACUUUGUGUUUGAACAUAACUCUGGGCACGAGUCGCUAUUGUUGAAUGACUCCAUCUUAGAGAAGUUUUCUUUGAGCAAAACCCCUCCCACUUAUGAAUUUCAACCCAACUCACAUAUAUCACUAUUGGCCAUAGUCGACAGUUGGCAUAAAUUGGGCAUUGUGCCAUAUGAGCAUAUGAUAUGUUCUACUCCAUUGUUUCGCAUCUUUUUGGGCGUCACCGAGUACCUAUUUCGUAGUCCGAAGCUUUUGGACCAAUGCAUUGAAUUUGCAAUACAUGAUACUUCAUUUCGUCACGAUGAUUUGGAAUUCACGUUUGCUGCACGCCGCUGGGCAGAAAUAAUUGCCCGAGGCGACUACAGAUUGUAUGAAAAUUCUUUCGUCGAGGCGCAGGAAUUUUUCAGUCCCAUGAUCCCCGAGGCAAACGCCAUUGGCAAUGAAAUGAUUAGAACCAUUCUAGAGCGCGUGCGCCAGAGAGGCGAGGAGUAG